AUGUUCAAGAAUAACUAUCAGGGUGGGACAGCGGUGGAAAUCUUCAGCGGACAGGGGAAAGACCCCGUGGCUAAAUGGAAACUUAGCGGAGGACCUUCAGCUAUACACAAGGAGUAUGAGAAAGAAGUCAAAGGAUUUGUUUACUGCCUUGAGGGGAGCAGCCAGACAGUCAAGAUGCAAAUGCCAGAGAAUGGGAAAAUGUCUCUUGGGCUUCUCCAAAGAUUUUUGGUCUUUCAAUUGAAUCUUCCUCUGCAGAAAGAUUUUUCUAUUGAGCUUGUAAUAACUGAUUCACAGCACCUGAAAAGAAGACUUCACUUUUCAACUGUGCACAAAGAGUUGGCAGCCACAGUUUUGCAUGCAAAGAUUCCUUUUGUUGGACUAAAACGCAAUAUUUGGUCUACUCUAUGCAUCGACCUUGUAUCAUUCUCAGAUGAGCUGUUCAAGGGAUUUUUGACUCUGGAUGGCAUUACUUUGUAUGCUACAUGUAAAGUCCGCAGAAUCUUCACUAUCAAACUGGAGCCUUCAGGAGUGUCUGAUGAUGAUAUAUCCCUCAGUGGAGCAGGUCUUAUGGACUUGAUCCCUCGUAGUUGCGAAUUUCCACCAGGUAUCAGCCAUGUCACUGAGCUGCUGAACAUGCAGACUCUGCUGAAAGCAGAUGUGAGUGCUGGACUUUUGAGCUCUGACUGUGUGUCUGAUAAGUCGGCCACAGCACGAACCCCCAGUAAUCAACGAAAAAAACCUAAAGGUGUUUCACACACAGCCACCAUCUCCAGGAUUUCAGGGCCACUCUGUCAAACUGGGAUAAAUGGCAGCCCUGCCUCUGACAGAAUGGAUAGAAGCUUUCUUUCCAUCUCCAAACCGGGAUCCUUGUCCAGCAGAGUAAACCAAAAAAGUUCUGCAGAAAGUCAGAGUCCUGCCAGCUUGAGUGAGAAUUUAUCACAAGGAGAACCGAGUUCACACAUAAUGCUUGAGGGAACACCUGGCAGUUUGCAGCCACAUCCACCAAAAGACAAAGUGUUUGAUAGGCUGGGAAGAAAAAAGUUGCGAGUUUACAGUGCCGAAAGAGAGAAGCCAGCACCAUUGGAUGUAGCACCCAGUGUCCACAGAAUGAAAAACAAAACCGGAGAGAUGCCCACCCCUCCAUUCAAUUGGCAAGAGAGUAGCGAAGGACUUCAGAGCACAACAGAAGAGCCUGAGGAUCUUGAGGCAGAUGAGCGUGUCUGCAGUCCUGUCGAAGAUAGAUCAAAAGCUGCUCCCACACCCCCCAAGUCUGUCUCCUGUUCGAUCCAGCCAGGUUUGUUUGGUGACCUGCAGGUCUGUAGCAGCUGGGAGAGUAAUGAGGGGUCUGAGCCCGAGCUCACUCUGCAAGAGGUGUUCACUUUCUUAUCCCAGCCACACUCGCCCAAACGAGGGCAAGGCCAGGGCGACCAGGAGAAGGAGGAGAUGGGAGAUGAGCAGGUUCAGAGCAGCAGACGGAGGCGGUGUGAGGCCCUACCCGAGGAUGACUUCAUCGGCAGUGAGAGUGAUGAGGAUAAUACCUACACAACCUUCCAACAUCAAAGAUCUUGUGCGGAGUCCAGCCCUUCUGCUCUUAGAUCACCCAGUCCAGCCUCGUCUGUGCUACUUCCUGAAUCUCAUAACACGGAGCAAACAACACAAAAAGUGUUCAGUCCACCUGCUGCCAGUGUGGAGCCUUCUGAACCUGCUGGGAUCGUCCCAACAUGCUGCCUCUCACCCCGCUUGACACCCAGCAGACAGCAACAGAAGGGUCACCCAUGGGGAUCUGGGGCAGUGAGCCAGGCUCUGGUUGGUAACAGAGAUGUGUGUCCUUCUGGGAGACCCCUGCAAGAAGAUAACUUAACAGAGCCAAAGGAGGAAAAAGACAACACUGCUGGUCCCAGUGACCUCAACUUAUCUCUACUUAGCAGUCUGCGAAAACUCAGGGAUGAUGAUGAGGAGCUUCGAAUGCUGGCAAGUCUGAAAAGGGAGCAGGAGGAAGAUGAAUGCAAAGCCCCAGGCCUCAGUGCAUCUCAGAUCCACCAGUGCAAUGUCAGCAUCAGCAUGAGCUGUGACGACACAUCAACAUGGACCCACAUCUCCAUGCCGGCUAAUCAGGGUCACCAUUAUCAGAAGGAAAUGAACCCCCUCCUGCAAUCAAACCCCCGGGAGUGGAUGGAUGUGCUCAGCCCACCUAUUAUACCACCCGGCCAGCAGAGAAGGUCAGACGACACGGGGAACAAUGCAGGAAACUUAAACACAGGAGAGGAUGAGUCGAUGAAUGGGGAGGAGAACGAGGAAGAGUUUUUGAAUCUGCUCUAUGAUCCUUAUCUGAGCUGCUAUUUUGAUCCAAAGACGGGGAAGUACUACGAACUAGCUUGA